GAAGAAGAUGACCUGCUAUUCCAGUACGUAGCAAGGGUAGCAGCACAAACCGACCAACUAAAAGGAAAUAAAAUAUAUGAGGCCUUCGCGGUGGAGAAUCCUCGCCAUCACGCCCAGUCCUGGCGGGAUAGAGCUAUCCGUUGCGUACUCCCACGAUUGACAUCCAGUCCCGCCCCCCCUUACACUGAACUUUGGAUGAGCAAUCCGUAUCGAUCCACUCCUUGA